CCAUUUAAAUUGUCACACAUAUAUUAUACAGUGUUUACUAUAUUUCAAUAAUAUCAUUGAAUACCUCUUGAAUUCAGGAUGUUUUAGGAAAUAAUCUUUCUACAUACCAAAAGGAAGUAUGCUUCUGGUUGCUUCAUUUCAGCGGGGAGAUAUAUAUAGUAACUGAUCAUGUGACCCGUCUCACAGGCUUUUAGCUGCAGGAUUGAAGGGCUUGAAUAACUGAUGGAGAGCACGAUGGUUUGAAACGUCUCAUAAGUCAAACGCAGAAGUGGAAUUUGGUAUUUUGAAGUUUCCCCAUUUGUCUGAUGACCCAUGUCUGGAAAAUAUUCUGAUGUCAGAGCCUGUUUCUUCCCCUUGAAGACAUAUUUGUCUAUUUCAGUCGUUGACACAUUUAAAGUUCCCCCCCGGUUUAAAAUGUAAAUGUAUUAACGUUUCACCUUCAAUGUGCAGAAUGAUGUUUGUGCUGCAAAACAGGAACAACCGACCAUUUAAUUGUGUGAGAAGAAGUUGUUGGACAGGAAUUUUGCUAUUCAAUAAACUUUAUUGAUGUAUAAAAACGUUAAGUCAAUGUUUCAUGUGUCAGUCACUAAAAUGUUUGGAUUUGCUACGUUUCUUGGUUUUAUAAUGUGAAUCCCUUUGUGGACGUAUUCAUGAUUGUUGUGUAAUUGAAGCUGUUCGUUGUCAUGCAGAAACUCUUUAACAUUCAUUAAAAAAAAUAAUUACCUACAAUUAUUACAAUAUAUUGAAACGAAGAUAUUUUAUGCAGUACUUUCAUUAUCCUGUACUAUUAAAAACCUUUCCUUAAUCCUGCACUUCCCUGGUUUUCAUCCUCUGUUCCACGACAACAGCGGAACAGAAAAAAACAAACCCGCUUCUACUCGGACCUCUUCGGCGCGCGGACCCGGAAAUGUGUGCGUCGUUGUUUUCAUUCCCCGAUCCCACCGCCGGAUCUCCAACAAUGAAGGACUCGAACGCGGCUCUCCCGGUGAGCAUGGGCACCCUGCUGCGGGCGGACCUCCCGGAGGACGCCGCGCACCGGGACGACGGGCUGUGCGUCGUGGGCGUGUUGGGCAAAAGCGGCGCGCGGCCCGGCCCGCAGAAGGAGACCCUCCUCAACGACCUGGCGGACAAACACGUCUUCUCCCUGUUCGGCGGCCCGCGCGACGGCGGCACGCCGGACAGCCACAUCCGGGCCUUCCACCUGCGGGAGAGCCGCGUGCUGUACCUGUUGCUCUCCUCCGUGGGCGACGGCCGCCAGCUGCUGCGCGCCUGCGAGUCCCUGAGCGCCGGCACGGGCCACUCGGACGCGCACGACGUGUGGACGCGCCUGGACCGGCAGCACUGCCUCCACCUGCUCUACGUGUUCUCCGUGUGCCACGUGCUGCUGCUGGUGCACCCCAACCAGACGUUCGACGUGACGCACGACCGGCUCUUCCGCGCCCUGGACGCGCUGCGGCAGAAGGUGCUGCCGCUGAUGCGCGCGGCCGUCAAGGACUGCGCGGUGUCCAAAGAGUGGAAGCUCAACUGCCGGCCCUGCCCCCCCCGGCUGCUCUUCGUCUUCCAGAUGAGCGGCUCCCUGAAGGUCUCCGCCCACGGCUCCGAGUCCGGAGGGAACCCCGACAAGCCCAAGAAGCACUCUCCCCGUCGCCGGCUGCAGCACGCGCUGGAGGACCAGAUCUACCGCAUCUUCCGAAAAAGCCGGGUGUUGACCAACCAGAGCAGCAACUGCCUGUUCACCGUGCCGGCCAACCAGGCCUUCGUGUACGUGAUCCCGGCGGACGACGAGGACCCGGUGGGCGCCCUGCUGGGCCAGCUGCGCUCCGUCUGCACCCUGUGCGAGCCGGACCCCGGCCCCGUGGUGUCGGGCCCGAGGCGCUACCAGCAGGCGCGGCGGUCGACCCGGCUGCCCGGCGGUGGCGUCGGGGCGGUCGGAGAGCCGGCCGGCGUGUUGAUGGGCGGCGGCGGCGGCGGCCAGCUGGUGGACUGCAGCUUGAGGGAGUUCCUCUGGCAGCACGUGGAGCUGGUGCUCACCAAGAAAGGCUUCGACGACAGCGUCGGCCGCAACCCGCAGCCGUCCCACUUUGAGCUGCCGACCUACUCCAAGUGGGUCCAGGUGGCCUCCAGGCUGCACCAGGUCCUGGUGGGCGACCCGGACGAGGACGUGGCGGACCUGGCCCUGAAGGUGCAGGGCCAGCUGAAGGUGCUGGAGGGGUUCUUGGACGCCGACACAAAGUUCUCCGAGAACCGUUGCCAGAAGGCCCUGCCGCUGGCCCACAGCGCCUACCAGUCCAACCUGCCCCACAACUACACCACCACGGUGCACAAGAACCAGCUGGCGCAGGCCCUGCGGGUGUACAGCCAGCACGCCCGCGGCGUGGCCUUCCAGCGCUACGCCCUGCAGCUCCACGAGGACUGCUACAAGUUCUGGAGCAACGGCCACCAGCUGUGCGAGGAGCGCAGCCUGACCGACCAGCACUGCGUCCACAAGUUCCACCUGCUGCCUCAGCCGGGGGAGAAGACGGACGUGGACCGCAACCCGCCCGUCCUCAACCACAACAGCAGGGGGCGCUCCACCAGCGCCUGCAACUGUGGCCGCAAACAGGCGCCCCGCGAGGAUCCGUUUGACGUCCAGGCGGCAAAUUAUGACUUUUACCAGCUGCUGGAGGAGAAAUGCUGCGGGAAGCUGGAGAGGAUCGACUUUCCCGUCUUCCAGCCCAGCACCCCCGACCCGGCGCCGGCCUGCCCCCCGGCUCCGCGACCCCCGAGCGAGGCCUCGGCGUCCAGCGAGCCGCAGCAGGCGAAGGAGCCCAGCGCCGCGCAGAGCCACACGCCCGCCGACACCAGCCUGAGCCUGGACCUCAGCCUGGGCCAGUCCAGCGACAGCCUGGGGCCCUACGGGGACGCGGAAAGGGCCGAGGUCCAACCCAAGAGGCCGAGCCUGGUGGACCGCCAGCCCUCCACCGUGGAGUACCUCCCGGGCAUGAUGCACUCCGGCUGCCCCAAGGGCCUCCUCCCCAAGUUCUCCAGCUGGUCGCUGGUCAAACUGGGCCCGGCCAAGUCCUACAACUGCCACACCGGGCUGGAGCAGCCGGGCUUCCUGCCCGGCUCCUCCUUCCUGCUGCCGUGGGACCUGGUGAUCCGCUCCCGCUCGGAGGAGGACGCGGGGCUGACGGAGCCCCUGGACGGCGGCGCCUCCUCGUGGCCGGCGCCCAACAAGACGCUGGUGGGGAAGCGGGGGAGCACCGGGGGGCUGGGCCGCAGCCGGCGGCGGGACGACGUGGCUCGCGUCUUCGUGGGGUUCGAGUACGAGGACGCCAGGGGGAGGCGCUUCGUCAGCUGCGGGCCGGAUAAGAUCGUGAAGGUGCUGGGGCCCGGGGGCGCCAAGGACCCCGCCACCCGCGUGUUGAACACCGACAUGCCGCUGUACAUCCCGUCUCCUUCGCAGGGCCGCGGGCUGAAGUCUCACUUCGCGCAGCUGACCCGCCUCUUCGUCGUGGUGCCGGACGCUCCGCUGGAGGUCACCCUCAACCCACAGGUGCAGCCCGGCCCCCCUCCCUGCCCGCUGUUCCACCCGGAGCAGACGGAUCUGGUUCUGCCGCCCGACGGAUUUUGGGUUCUCCGGUUCCCGUAUUCCUACGCGACGGACCGCGGCCCGUGUCUCCCUCCCAAAGAGAACCAGCCCCUCAACAACUACAAGGUGCUGCGAGCCAUGCUGAGGGCCGCGACCGCCAACCCCCCCCCGCCGUGAGCUCCGGCCGCCGCCGCGGUUUCAUUAUUUGACACGGAGGUUUUUGAUGGACAGUCAGUGAAAAGCCUCAUCGGACCGGAUUUUCUUUUUUUUCUUUUUUGAAUCUUUUGGUCUGUAUUCGUUUCUAAAACAAACUGCAAAAUAUGCGUUUUUCAGAUUGAAGCAGCUUGUUGUUAACGUACUUUAGCAGAUCAGCGUCAAACUAAUGUUCUGCACCACGUAAAGACAUUUAAUAAUCAAUAACAUCGAUCAAGUUGCAUGCAGGUAUAAACACACAAUGGUUCUGUUAGUGUGGACCAACAAAACCCGAAUGAAUAUGAGGUUACAAGGUACCACCAUCGUACAUUAAUAACUUUUAUUUAUAUUACAUCUGCAUCUCAUUUUAGUGCACUGUAAAUAUAAAGAAAUGUUUGCUGCUCAUGAAUUUGAGGUAGGGGAACUUCCCGUAAAGGGUAUUGUGUAUAUUAUGGUAUCACAAUAAUACACAGAUAGUACUACUCACAUCCACUGUGAGCGUUACAUGCUGACGUCUUUCUGUAAAUAAAAACACGUUUUGUCA